UCACGGGGUUGAAAAUGUGGUCAAACUCUGGUUUUGUAUCAUGUAGACAUUAUCAUAAUAAUGCAUUUCUGUCUUUACGCUACAAUAUGCAAUUCCAACGUCAAUAAACAAAAAAGAAACCCCAGGGCACAGAUUAUCAUAAUCGAGCAAAAUUACAACAAUUCAUUCAUAUUUAGAAAAAGUUAUCCACACACUCAAGACGAUUCCCAUUCUAAUAAAUCAUAAUUAAAUUCACUCUCUUGUGAGAAGAGAAGAAAGGCAGUAGAUAGAGCUUGAAAAUGGUGUCCCUUCAUCAUCUUAAGACAUCAAGUUUAUUUUUCUUUGGGUUUCUCUGUUUCUGGGUUUUACCAUUUUCAGAAUCAUCAUCCCAAAGAUCAGCACAGGAUUUGGAUAAGAUAGAAUAUUUGCCUGGCCAGCCAAACAGCCCUUUGAUCACCCAAUACUCUGGCUACAUCACAGUUAAUGAGUCUAAUGGACGGGCCCUAUUCUACUGGUUCUUUGAGGCUCAAUCUCAACCGUCCAUCAAACCUCUUGUCCUCUGGCUCAAUGGAGGACCUGGUUGCUCAUCAAUUGGAUAUGGAGCGGCUUCUGAAUUGGGUCCUCUCAGAGUUGAGAAAGAUGGGGUUGCUCUCCACUUCAACAACUAUUCAUGGAAUAAAGAAGCCAAUUUGUUGUUUGUUGAGUCUCCAGUGGGGGUUGGGUUCUCUUACACAAACACAUCCUCCGAUUUGAAUCGACUGGACGACGAAUUUGUUGCUCAGGAUUCCUACAACUUCCUGGUUAAUUGGCUAGAGAGAUUCCCGCAGUUCAAGAAUCAUGAUUUCUUCAUAGCAGGGGAAAGCUAUGCAGGACACUACGUUCCCCAACUCGCUGAAGUUAUUUUUGAUCGAAACAAGGACAAGAGACCAUACCGGCAUAUAAAUCUCAAGGGCUUCAUAGUGGGGAACCCAGAAACAAAUGACUAUUAUGAUAAUAAAGGCCUUUUAGAGUAUGCAUGGAGUCAUGCAAUAAUUUCUGGUGAGCAGUAUUACAAGGCAGAAGCAGUAUGCGACUUUCGAAGAUCUAACUGGUCAGAUGAAUGCACUGAUGCCAUGUCUAAUGUAUUCAGUAAGUACGGUGAUAUUGAUAUCUAUAACAUCUAUGCUCCUAAGUGUCUUCUCAACGAUUCAUCGUCAGCAACUACUGAUAUCAAUCUUGUGCCGGAUAAGGAAAGAAGAUAUGGAAAGGGGAGCAUGAAGGUAAUCAUCCCCGGGGGUUAUGCACCCUGCUAUUCCCGAUAUGCCAAAGAUUACUUCAAUAGGAUUGAUGUUCAAAAGGCUUUCCAUGUAAGCUCUAUAGUCAACUGGAAAACAUGCAGUGGACCUAUACUUAAUUCAUACAAUUACAAUACCUUUUCCAUACUGCCAGUUUAUGAAAAGCUAAUCAAAGGUGGGCUCAGGAUUUGGAUUUACAGUGGGGACGCUGAUGGGAGAGUACCAGUGAUUGGGACAAGAUAUUGCAUAGAAAGCCUUAAGCUUUCUCUGAAAUCCCCGUGGCGCUCUUGGUUCAACAAUCAUCAGGUAGGAGGAAGGGUUGUUGAGUACAAUGGAUUGACGUUUGUGACAGUGAGGGGGGCAGGUCAUCUUGUACCUCUCAAUAAACCGAGUGAAGCUCUAGCACUUAUACAUUCCUUCUUGUCUGGUGAAGAACUCCCAACUCAUAGAUGACAAGUUCACAUAAGCACCUGAUCUUAUUAGCUAUUGCAUGUAUUAUUAUUGAUUAUUAUUAUUAGUAUUAAUAUUCAUUAACCGAUUUAAUGGCUAUACUUCUAUUUUGAAUUUAGCAUGCCAUUUACAUGAACAAAUCUAUAAAGAUUUAGUUAUUCUUGCUUUAGUACAAAUCCAUAAAUAUUAAUACAAUGACUCACACCCAUCACGGGUGAUAUUCUCAC